AUGAAUAAUUAUCAAAUUACAACCUCUUAAUGUUCUCCAAAUAACAUAUUAGCAGUUUGUGUUGUAAUAAGAAGGCAUUUUUUUAGAGACAGAUAAUAUUAUUUAUCAUUAACUUCAAAUUCUUUAACUUUGAGUGAUGUAAAUUUUAUGAGAAGUAUUUAAAUAGGGUCCUAAUUAAAAGUCUCCUAAAUAUACCUAACUUUUAGGUUUGGAUACUGUGUUCACUUGGAUAUUAGAUUAAUAAAACAUAAUUGGAUUCACUCUACCUUAUAGGGGGAAAAUUAAGGAAUUUUAUGGAAAACAAAGCGAUAUGCAAUAUCUAAAAGACAAAAUGGGGUAAUUAGUUAUAUAUGAAAAUAUCAAUAAAUUUUAUAAUUUGGAAAAGAAAACUGAAAAAGGAUCUUUUGGAAAAGUAAUUAAGAUUUAUUUUUAGGUUAUGUUAGGUAUUUGUAAACAUACUCAAAAGUAGGUCGCUGUUAAAUAAUUAGAAAUUCUAAAAAAUUCAUAAUCAAUUAUAAAAAAUGAAAUUAAUAUUUUAAGAACCAUCUAUAAUUAUCUAUCUCAGAAUAUCUUAGAAUUAAAAGAAGUUUAUAAAGAUAAAUAAUCUUACUAUAUUGUUACAGAAUAUAUAGAUGGAUAUAAUUUACAAUAAUUAUUAUCAAUCAGAAAAACUCCAUAUUCUCUAUAGGAGUCAUUACACAUUGUUGAAGUAUUUUUAUAUAAAACUAAUAUAGUAAAUUCUAAAAGGACUAACAUAAAUUCAUUAAUCUCAUGUUAUUCAUAGAGAUCUUAAACCUUCUAAUAUUAUGUACAAUUAUAACAAAAUAAAAAUUAUUGAUUUCGGUCUUUCAUGUUUUUGUGGUAAAUAAUUGAAUGAAUUUCCAAAUUGUGGAACAACUGGUUAUUGUGCUCCAGAAGUCUUAAAUGCAAAAAAAACAACAUUAUCCUAUAACUAUAAAGUAGAUAUUUUUAGCCUUGGAUGUAUAUUUUAUGAAAUAUUAACAUUGAAAAAAGUUUUUCCUUACAAUAAAGAAUAAUCAACUUAUUAUUUAAAUCAGAAUUGCUUAAUUAAUAUUGAGGAAUCAGGAUAAAUUUAUGAUUUAAUAAAAUUAUUUCUAAAAGAGGAUCCUAAAUAAAGGUUAGAUACCUUUCAAGCUUUAAAAUUAGUCUAAAACUUUAUAGAAAUGAAAAAUUUUGAUGUAAACACAUGGUAUAAAAUAUCAUUUGAAAAAGAUAAAUAAAGAAACAACUCUGAAGAAAUUUUUUCUUAAAAUUUGUCAGGUUUAUUUAAAUUUUGA